AUGGACGAAAAUGAAAAAAGUCAAUCGAUGAAAUGCAAGGGAGAUAUACAAUAUGAAAAGGAAAAAGAAAAUUUCGAAAUAGUAAAAAGUUUAAAUCCCUCCAUUAAAGAGUUCCAAAAUAAUUUCAGAUUAUUAAGUGAAAAUUACUCAUUAAGGGAUUUAGAAAAAGAAUUGAACCCUGUUGAAUAUGCUGAUUAUAAUUCAUUUCUUGCUUAUUCUAUUUGUUCACUUUUUUAUGCAUAUUUAAAAAUAUCCGGAGAUCUUAUAAAUAAUCACCCUAUUAAAAAUGAAUUAAAAAGAGUACAAGCAUUAAUGAAGGAAAUAAAAGAAAAGAAUCAUGAAAUUAGUGAAGAAAGAUCUCUUACAAUUAAUAAAGAAGCUUCGAAGAGAAUUAUUGAUUCAUGCGUUUCGUAUAAUAAAAAUUUGAAAAAAAGAAAAUAUUAA